AACGGCACCAACUCCAUUUCUUACGGUAAAGCACGAGGACCGAAAGAGUGGAUACCUUUUACCAGGCCGAAGCUGUACCUUCUACUACCGCCAACGAUGAAGAUGUUCGCCAAUUUUCAAGCUCCAGCUUUUUUCCUCCAGUUUUCCCGGAUCUCGCUAUGUUUUUCUAACAACUUGUUCUUUGAACCAACUCUCACAAUUCUCUUCGAGCAUGUCCUUAACAACUAAACUACACUUCACUUCCACCACUUACCAUAGUUUCAACAGCAAAUCCAGUAGAUUCAGGGGUUACAACACAAAAAUCCGACCAAAAUCUAUUUACAAUUUCAAUCCUUUAACAUUAUCUUUUUACCAAUCGAAAAGAAUGCAAGGUCCGGUUCAGUCUUCUUCAACUUCCGUGAUCAAGAGCUCGUUGAUCGAGCCUGAUGGUGGGAUCCUCAUCGAUUUGGUUGUCCCGGAUAGUGAGAGGGAAGCGAAGACGGUUGAGGCCGAGUCGUUGCCAAAGGUGAGGCUAACCAAAAUCGAUGUGGAGUGGUUGCAUGUAAUCAGUGAAGGCUGGGCUAGCCCUUUGAAAGGGUUUAUGCGGGAAGAUGAGUAUUUGCAAAGCUUACAUUUUAAUUAUUUGAGAUUGAAAGAUGGGUCCUUUGUCAACAUGUCUCUUCCCAUUGUUUUGGCUAUUGAUGAUGAGACUAAGGAGAGAAUUGGGUCUUCCUCCGAUGUUGGGUUGGUUCGGCCUGACGGAGACUUGAUCGCCAUUCUCAGGAGAAUUCAAAUCUACAAGCAUAACAAAGAAGAAAGAGUAGCUAGAACAUGGGGAACAACUGCAGCAGGUUUGCCAUACGUGGAGGAAGUCAUUACUCCGGCUGGAAACUGGCUCAUUGGAGGUGAUCUGGAAGUUUUGAAACCCAUCAAGUAUAAUGACGGACUUGAUUGCUACAGACUUUCCCCCAAGCAACUUAGACAGGAAUUUGAUAGGCGUAAGGCGGAUGCUGUUUUUGCUUUUCAGCUAAGGAAUCCUGUCCAUAAUGGACAUGCACUGUUGAUGAAUGAUACUCGGAGGCGACUUUUAGAUAUUGGUUUCAAGAAUCCGAUCCUCUUGCUUCAUCCUUUAGGUGGUUUCACCAAGGCUGAUGAUGUGCCCUUGGAUGUUCGGAUGGAACAACACAGCAAGGUCCUAGAAGAUGGAGUCCUUGAUCCUGAGACUACCAUUGUGGCCAUAUUCCCAUCACCUAUGCAUUAUGCAGGUCCAACAGAGGUACAGUGGCAUGCCAAGGGAAGGAUAAACGCUGGGGCUAAUUUCUAUAUUGUAGGUCGUGAUCCUGCCGGCAUGGGUCACCCAACAGAGAAGAGGGAUUUGUAUGACCCUGAUCAUGGGAAAAAAGUGCUGACUAUGGCUCCCGGCUUGGAAAAACUUAACAUUUUGCCAUUUAGGGUCGCAGCUUAUGACACAGUGGCAAAGAAGAUGGCAUUUUUUGAUCCUUCACGUGCCAAAGAAUUCCUCUUCAUCUCAGGAACCAAGAUGCGAACAUAUGCAAGAACUGGUGAGAACCCGCCUGAUGGUUUUAUGUGCCCUGGAGGAUGGGAAGUCCUUGUCAAAUACUAUAAGAGUUUGCAAGCAGAGGAGGCAACACCACAACCAGCCGCUGUAUCUUAGAUGCAUAGCAUAAUUCAGUAAUAGAUCUUGCAGCAUGUUUUAUUACAACAAAUAAGGUAAGAGUUUCCUUUGGUUUCAAGUUGAGCACCAUUACUCCUAAUUUCAGCAGCUCCAGUAAAGAAUUCAACAUCUCCAUGUCCACUUUUAUGCCUUUGUUCAACUCUAGGUGGUGAUUGUAUUUCAAUUUUUAAUAUUGUAGUGAGAAAACAAUUGUUAAUUCUAUUAGUGGAACCGAUGCUCAACAGAUGUGGCAACCUCUGAUGGCUUGUGCUGGUUUGAAAUCUGAAUGUAUUGAAGUACUAUUU